UCCUGUUGAUCAGUUUGGGAGCUAUGUGGAGGUCAGGAUAAAAACUGAACCAGAGGAUGAAGAGGAAGAGUCCAUCAGCUCAGAGGUCCAGCAUCAAAACUUCAGGAAGGGUCCCCGAGGACUUUGCAGCCGACUCCAUCACUUUUGCAAUCAGUGUUGAAGCCAGAAAAACAUACAAAGGCACAGAUGCUGGACUUGAUUCUUCUGGAGCAGCUCCUGGCUCUCCUGCCCCCAGAGAUGGAGGGCUGGGUGCGGGAAUGUAGAGCAGAGACCAGCUCCCAGGCGGUGGCCCUGGCGGAAGGCUUCCUCCUGAGCCAGAAGGAGGAGAAGAAAGAGGAGGUUGAGCUGCAGGUCCAAAGGCCUCUCUCGGGGGCCAUUCCUCAACAUCUGGAUGGAAAGAGAAACCGGUUAAAUCUUUCCCAGGAACUGCUUAUUUGGAAGAUCUCCCAAGAAAGGCCAAGUCUGGGCAUCUCACCAGAGAAUAUCAUGAAGUAAUUGGUAUUCAUCGGGCUCUCUCCCUUUUCUGGUGAACCCAAAAUAACAACUAAGCCUCCAGUUCAGGUAGGAAGAAGAACAUCAACCAAAAGAUAGAGGAGACUGUUUCCUGAGCUUCCAUUUUGUUAGUGUGCCUGGGAUUUUACACUAGUUUCUACCAGUGGUGGGACUCAAAUAAUUUAGCAACAGGUUCUCUGCCCUAAUGACCAGCUGGGUGGGCGUAGUUCGGUGGUCAUGUGACGUGUGGGCGUGGCCAAUUCAACAUCACUCAUUUCGAUGGGCGCUUCACCUUAGCUGUUACAAUGUAGUAAGGGUUAACCAGGGAGGCAGUUUCUUAGGCUAGAAACAACACCAGAAUGUUUCCUUCCUGCCUUCCUUACAGGAUUAGCCUGUAAAAAAACAUAAUAAGGUUAUUUCCAACAACUGGUUCUCUGAACUGCUUAGAAAGUUAACAAUCGGUUCUCCUGAAUAGGUGCGAACUGGCUGAAUCCCACCACUGGUUUCCAUCAGCAACAUGAAAUAGAGAAAUUUAGGUUGUUAUGACUGACAUGAGCUUAGCCGCCUUCUCAAAACUGUUGAGGUGUGAUGCCUAAAAAGUAUUUACACUGAAGGAUUCUUACUACCGGUAGGAAAUCAACUUCAUUCUUGCCCAAUUUUGAGUCUGGCAAACAAAGAGCCCCCUUUUUCACUCUGAACUUUUGGGAUAAGUCAACCAAGGAAAAAAACAGACAUUUUUCCUAGGGUCAUAUGUUAAUACAGAAACUUGCUUUUCUUCCUUUCUCAGGGUCUCGUGACCUUUGAAGACGUCGCUGUGUAUUUCUCCGCGGAGGAAUGGUCUCAACUAGAUCCUGAACAAAAAGCCCUUCAUAAAGAAGUCAUGCUGGAGAACUCCAGAAAUGUGGCUUCCCUGGGUAGGAUUCCCUGUUAUUAGCUGAGACCCCAAGAACAGGGAUUCUCCCAGACAUGGAAAUAACCAGUUUCUGUGAAUAUAUCUGCAGUCAGAAUUUAUUUCCUGGGUUGGACAAAGAGAAGAUCCAUUCUUCUCCUCUUCCUAAGGCAAAAGUGGUCAAAAGCAAUCUGGUUAGAUGCCCCACAUAAUAAUUUGUCAUCUAAUAUUUGAGAGGGAUUCCUCAUUCAUUGAUUUUUUUUUUGUUUGUUUCUCUUUAAUUUUACCUAUAUGAUUAAUGACGCUCAUUCUCACAUAUCUAUCGCUUGAUGGGAAAGUCCCUGUUUGCAUUAUUAAAAAACUGACUUUUCUCAUAUACAGUAGAACCUCUGGUCACGACCAUAAUUUGUUCCAUAACUUUAGUUGUGAUGC